AUGAACAACCAAGAGAUUAGUAAUACUCCAGACGAAAACCCUGAACCUCAAGAGGAGUUUAUCAAUAACAAUGAAGUGGAAGAGGUUAUCCCUAUUAAUGAGGACGCGCCUGCCGAUUUUGACGAUGAGGAUGAUGAAAUGAAUGAUGGCGCGGAUGUUCCAAUGGGUGAGGAUGAAACUAUUGAAAUUGACAUGUCAAACAAUUCCAAAACGUACUUUGAUAAGCACACAGACUCUGUCUUUACUGUUGCCCAUCAUCCUACCUUGCCAUUAGUUGUGUCUGGAGGUGGUGACAAUGUAGCUAAUCUAUGGACAUCUCACUCCCAACCCCCUAAAUUUGCAGGUUCUAUUACUGAACACACCGAAUCUGUCAUCAUAAGUUCAUUCACUUGCGAUGGGAAAUUCUUAGUUACCGCCGAUAUGAAUGGUAAAAUAUUGAUUCAUGUUGGUGUCAAGGGAGGUUCUCAAUGGACUAAAACUGCAGAAUUGACUGAAGUUGAAGAGGUCGUGUGGUUGAAAACGCAUCCAACCAUAAAAGGUGUUUUCGCCUUUGGAGCGAUCGACGGUUCCGUUUGGUGUUAUCAAAUUAACGAAAGUGACGGUUCUCUUGAACAACUAAUGAGUGGAUUCAAUCAUCAACAAGAUUGUACAAUGGGUGAAUUCAUCAAUAUUGAACAAGGCGAAAAUAAACUGGAACUGGUGACAUGUUCCUUGGACAGUAGUAUUAUUGGUUGGAAUGGCUAUACUGGACAGCAGCUGUUCAAAGUUACUCAAGCUGAAAUUAAAGGUUUGAGCGCUCCCUGGAUUUCUUUAUCCGUUGCGCCCCCAAAUCUGACCAACGGUAAUUCUGGUGUCGUCGCUGUUGGAUCUAAUAAUGGUGUUUUGGCACUGAUAAAUUCCAAUAAUAACGGUGCAGUUCUACAUUUAGAGACAGUGAUUCAAUUAGGUGCUGAUCAAGAAGAACUGGAUGCCUCCAUAGAAUCCAUAUCGUGGGCAGAACUCUUCCCCUUGAUGGCAGUUGGUCUCGUUAGCGGUGAAAUUCUACUAUAUGACACCAAUACGUGGAGAGUUAGACGUAAAUUUCAGUUGGAGGAUUCCGUUACAAAACUAAUCUUUGACGGGAAUGAUAUUUUUGCGUCUUGUAUCAAUGGUAAAGUUUAUCAGUUUGAUUCUAAAACUGGUGCCGAAAAAUUUGUCUGUACAGGGCACAGCAUGGGUGUCUUAGAUUUCGUCCUCGUCAAGCCAACGGAACCCAACGGCUUAAGAAGAUUGAUAACUGCUGGGGAUGAAGGUGUUUCCUUGAUAUUUGAAGUCCCUUACUAA